AUGGAGAACAUAUCACUUGACAACUUCAGAGAGAAUUUCGGCUUCUGGGUCGAGAAUCUACAUAUCAAUGGUUUCAUAUCGAAACAAGGUGUGGCCAACUUUCUGGGCAUUCCCUACGCCCAAUUCCCUGCUCGAUUCCGAACCGCCAGGCGAACCGACCUUGGUCUCCUCCAUGGACAGCUAGAUGCGUCACGAUAUGGGCCACGCUGCCCACAGAAGACCGACAACAUUCACCCAAUGAUGCAUCACAUGUUUGAGAAACUGUCAAUGUCUCAGAGAUGCGAAGAGACCACUUGCUUGCAUCUCAACAUAUAUGCUCCACCUCAGUGUGUAGGUUCCGCAAGUCACCCAAAAUUGCCGGUUUUUGCGUGGAUACACGGGGGAGGUUUCAAUAACGGGGACAACACGACCGAAUUUAAUGGUAAUCACCUUGUGAGAAGGUCAAUGGAUAUAGGAAUGCCCAUCAUUGUUGUGACUCUCAAUUACCGUCUGAACGUUUUCGGCUUUUUGACCUCGAAAGAGCUUAUAGAAGAAGCAAAAUCUCUCGACGAGGUUCCGGUUCUGAAUCAGGGCCUCAAUGACCAACGCAUUGGCCUUGAGUGGAUCCAAAGGUCUAUCCAUCAUUUUGGGGGAGAUGCCUCAAAGGUCACCCUGUCUGGCGAGUCCGCUGGAGCUGCAUCGAUCUUUUGCCACUUGAGAGGUGGCCACGAGCUGUUUCAUCAAGCAUUGAUUCAGUCGAGCCCCAGGCCUCGUUUGAGAACGCUUGGAGAAGCACAAACUGCAUUUGAUCAACUUGCCAAAUUAGCAGGUCUAGCAACACAUGCGACAAGCACUGAAAAACUGGCUACCUUGCGAGCCUUGUCCGCAGAUCGACUUCUUGAACUGUUCGACGGCAGUGUCUCACUGCCUAUUGAGGACCCCAACUUGUUUGAGCAUGGAUCACAGCAUGGUGAAAGCCAGUCAGCAGUCUCGUGGAGCCACAUACCUAAAUGGUGUUCGAGGAUCAUCAUGGGCCAUACCAAAGAUGAGGCAGCACUCUUUCUUACCCCGUUCCAGAAUUUGCCAGAUACAACCCUUGUCGAGUAUGUACGCGAUCUUGCACCGGAAAUCGCGGAUGGCGCUCUGUGCUCCGAUGGCAAAAGCGCUUUACAGGCUCUCACUGAGUGGGCGACUGAGGAGACAUUCAUCCACCCCACAAUUGAGCUGCUUUCAGAAGCCGCUAAGCACGGCACCACAGUAUAUGCCUAUGAAAUCUCGGUCGUUGACCCUUUCCCAGGCCCGCUCCAUGGGUACUCGUGGCACUCGUUUGGGGUACCGUUGACCUUCUGUGAACCUCCGGGACGAGUCCACUCUCGCAUCAGUGCGACGCAGGAUAAAAUGUCCAAGGCGUACACCGGCUUCCUCCAUGGUUUUGAGCCCUGGGAAUCGUUUAAUGUCGGAAGGAGAAAGAUGUGCUGGAACGGGGAGGAGACGCUCUUGGUGGACACUUCGAUUGGGGGAAAAGGGAAAGAGGAUAACAUGUUGAACCGGUCAUGCAGGACAUCUGCGGAGACGGGGCUGGGGAUUAUCGCGGCGGCACUGAAGAUGCAGACUUCCUAG